AUGGUUGGGCCACUGGCGUCCCCUCCGUCUGAUCUAUGGGCUAUUCACCUCAACCAACACACUGAGGAUGUGGAAGUAGUUUUGAAAGCUAAGUUACCGCAAAGUCUAUGGAACCUUUCCCCAGAUGAUGCUCAGGAGUCAUCAAAUGAGUUCUUGGAAUACUACCGGGGCCAACUUGUCGGAGUCGAGGCUCACAAACUAAACUUGAAGACUCAUAGAGACCUAAUUGGUCUGAUUGAUUUCAUCAAGACAAGGGCAGAUUUCACUAAACCGGAACUGAUUGACUGUCUCGAAACAAGUUGGUCCGAUCUCGGUCCACCCAUCCCAGCGAUUGAGCUUGCACUCCGGGUUUGGCUCUUUUUACCAAUGGAGGAAUGGGGUAGCAGACAGACACUUGAGCAAUAUAUCCACUCAAAGUUCCCCAGAUCGAAUUCUUUACCCGAUAGCCCACCGAUCGCAUUGAAUUUCAAUGCCCUGAAUCUCGAGCAGAUUGGUGGAUUCAACAUUGUCUGGACGGAAAGCCUUCAAGAUCAUCUGUCUCUCAGUAUCGACGAUACAGAGAAGGAACUGAGGAUUUUCCACAUUGCCUCCUUUCUCCAUGGAUACGGAAAGAGUAGAGACCGGCCCAUCUUCCCACCGGGAUUCCUUGAGGAAACUGCCCGCACAUUGUCACUCCUGAUCCCGUCAUCAAAUUUAAAAUGUCAACGAUGGAUCCGAAAGGCUCGCCGGCAGGACGAAAUCGAUCUAGAAGCAGCGUAUCUGCCUCCCACAUCGCGUGAUCUUGCCGACUUCCCGUACUGGGGACGUCAGCUCAUGGAGCUACGAGAUGAAUAUGAGCGCACAGAACCGACGACAGUGCGGCAAUGGAUCUUGGAUAAGAGGAAGCCGAAUCAACGGUAUACGUUCUGGAUUGCUGUGAUUGCACUGUUUCUGGCAUUAGUUUUUGGUUUGAUUCAAUCGGUGACGGGGAUCAUUCAGGCCAUGCACAUCAAUUGA